UCCGUCCAAAAGGAGAUCGCCACGGUUUGCUCCGGAGUGCUUUUUUCUUUUCCAAAAGAAGGACCGUUAACUCAUUUAUUUAUACGUCUAUUUAUUUAUUGCAUUCACUAUUUUGCUGAGUUUUUUUGUUUUGCAACGGUGAGCAGCUGCGGAGGAUUAAACAUGCCAGACGUCUGAGAAGAACUAUUCCCUCCCCCCUCGGAUUUGUUUCCCUCUGUGGAAGAAUUCGCCACAGUGUGCGCACAGAAGAUGAGGGCGAAAAUGAUCCAAACCAAAGGAAAAAUAUUCUCUUCGGCAGUAUUCAAACUACUGUUUUUGCUCGCGCUGGCGCGCGGCACCACCGGUAAGACUUUGAAAUAUAAAGUUUACGAGGAGCAGAAAGUGGGCACUGUUAUUGCACGGUUAAAAGAAGACGUAGCUGGGGUUUUAUCCAAACUACCGAGUACUCUGUCCUUUCGGUUCCACGCUAUGCAGCGAGGGAUCACGCCGUUCCUGUCCGUCCGAGAGGAGGACGGGGAGAUCAGCAUAGGCACCAAAAUCGAUCGCGAGAAGCUUUGUGAGAAAAACUUAAACUGCUCUAUUGAAUUCGACGUGGUCACGCUCCCGACGGAGUUCCUGCAGCUGUUCCAUGUGGAGGUGGAAGUGCUGGACAUUAACGACAACUCUCCGCACUUCUCCCGCGCCAUCGUGCCCAUUGAGAUUUCGGAGAGCGCGUCCGUGGGGACGCGCAUCCCACUGGAUGGUGCCGUGGAUGCGGACGUCGGGGAAAACUCCCUGCACACGUAUUCCAUAACGCCAAAUAACUUCUUUAAGAUCGACGUGAGGACCAGGACGGAUGGGGCCAAGUACGCAGAGCUGGUGGUGAUGAGAGAUUUGGACCGGGAGGUGCUGUCCAGCUACCAGCUGCAGCUCACUGCCUCGGAUAAUGGUGUACCCCCAAAAUCUGGCUCUACUCUGAUCAAGAUCAGCAUCUCGGAUUCCAACGACAACAGCCCAAUCUUCGAAGAGCAGGCUUAUAUGAUCAAUUUGGUAGAAAGCUCUCCCCUCGGGACUCUGAUCAUUGAUUUGAACGCCACGGAUCCGGACGAGGGCACUAAUGGGAAAAUAGUCUACUCUUUCAGCAGUCAUGUCUCGCCAAAGAUCUUGGACAAAUUUAAGAUAAACCCUGAAAAUGGCCACAUUACUCUUAUUAAAAAAGUGGACUAUGAAAGCACGGCGUCCUAUGAGCUGGAUGUUCAGGCUCAGGACAUGGGCCCAAAUUCCAUUCCUGGACUUUGCAAGAUUGUGGUGAAAGUAGUGGAUGUAAAUGACAACAAACCAGAGAUAAACAUCAACCUGAUGACGCCUGGCAAAGAGGAAGUGGCGUACAUCUCAGAGGGUGCCCCAGUGGACACCUUCAUAGCUCUGGUACGUGUUGACGACAGUGAUGCCGGGCUCAAUGGCGAGGUAGUGUGCAGGCUCCACGGCCACGGACACUUCAGACUCCAGAAGACCCACGAGAAGAACUACAUGAUCCUCACCAAUGUCUCGCUGGACAGGGAGAAGAGGUCAGAGUACAGUCUGACGGUCAUCGCUGAGGACCGAGGCUCCCCCAGCCUCUCCACCAUCAAACACUUCACUGUUCAGGUGCUGGAUGAAAAUGACAAUCCUCCAAGUUUCGAAAAGAGCCGCUACGAGGUCUUUAAGUCGGAGAACAAUUCCCCUGGAGCCUACCUGAUGACCGUGGUGGCCUCAGAUCCAGACCUGGGCACCAACGGCCAGGUCACCUACACCAUCAUGGAUGCUCUGAUUCAGGGUAGCCCCAUAUCCACCUACGUCACCAUUGACCCGUCUAAUGGCGCCAUCUAUGCCUUACGCAGCUUUGACCACGAAGACGUCAGCCGGAUCGCCUUCACCAUUCAGGCGCGUGACGGGGGAAACCCAGUGCUGUCCACCAACACCACGGUCCUGAUGACCGUUCUGGACGAAAACGACAACCCCCCCAUCAUCCACUCCCCCUCCCUCCGGAAUCACACCGCCGAGCUGCCGGUGUGGAAGUACGCGUCUCCUGGUCAGCUGAUCUGUGCGCUUAAAGUCACGGACCGCGACACCGGCACCAACGGAGAAGUGAGCUGCGCCAUUGUCGGCGGCAACGAGGACGGGCUGUUCGUGAUGGACGCUCGGCGAUGUGAGCUCAGGACCAACGGCAGCCUGGAGCAGGCUCCGCGGGACGUGAUGGAGGUCAGGGUGGAAGUGCAGGACCAGGGGACCAUUCGGUUGACCACAGGGGCCCUCUUUAGACUCUCCCUGCAGGAGAAUAUGGACAUCCUCCCCGCACUCUAUCCCACGGGGUCCAGCCAGGCCUCGCUCGAUCUCUCCCUCAUCGUCAUCAUCUCUCUGGGCGCCGUUUGCGCUCUGCUGCUCAUCGUCAUGGUUAUGUUCGCCACCGCCCGCUGCAGCCGAGAGAAGAAAGACCCCAGGCACAAUUACAACUGCAGAGUGGCAGAGAGCAGCUACCAGAACCACCCCAAGAAGCCCGCCAGGCAGAUCCACAAGGCGGAUAUCACACUCGUCCCGACCGUCAACGGCACUCUGCCUGUACGGGCCCACCCACGCUCCCCCUCAGCCUCCCCUGCACCUGAUAGGGGCACCCUGGGGAGCAGGCAGAGCCAUCAUAGCCGCCAAUCCCUCAACAGCCUGGUCACCAUCUCCUCCAAUCAUGCGCCGGAGAACUUCACUCUCGAGUUGGCCCACGCAACACCCCCAGUUGAGCAAGUCUCACAGCUUCUGUCCAUGCUCCAUCAGGGCCAGUACCAGCCACGGCCAAGCUUCAGAGGCAACAAAUACACCAGGAGCUACAGAUAUGCCCUGAAUGAGAUGGACAAGUUCAGUCUGAAGGACAGCGGUCGUGGAGACAGCGAGGCAGGGGACAGUGACUACGAGCCGGGCAGGGAGUCACCCAUGGACAGGCUCCUUGGUGAGGGCUUUACUGAGAUAUAUGCCCCCGAUGGCCAGCACAGAUCGCAUGCAGCUACGAGGCUCUGCACAGAGGAGUGUCGUGUCCUCGGUCACUCAGAUCAGUGCUGGAUGCCCCCCCUGGCCUCCCCGUCUUCGUCUUCAGAUUACCGCAGCAACCUCUACAUCCCUGGUGAAGAAGCCCGCCAAGCAACCGACCUCUCCCAAGAAAAGACCCCGCAGCCCUGCACCGACACCGGCCCCGCCCGAAACCAGAGCUUCUCCACCUUCGGCAAGGACCUGGGUGGUGAGGAAGGUGGAGAAGAUGAAGAGGGAGGGGACGACGCAAGAGAUGACGACUUGUGUGGCACCACUUCGUUGCUGUCAGAGAUGAGCAGCGUGUUCCAGCGGUUGCUUCCCCAGGGUAUGGACUCGUACGGCCAGGUCAACGAGAUCCAGAAAGGGAGUAGCCUCAGCGAGGUGGGUGUACCCAUGAGCGGAUCUUUAGAUCGCAGAAGAGGCCAUCUCCCUGGCAAGCCCAACCCCUUGGUCCACCAGCAGGGCGUUGCAGCCUGGGCCGCCAAUACCCACUUCCAGAACCCGGGAAGCAGCAUGUGUCCAUCUGGCCACCACCAGGGUGGCAGCUACCACACCCUGAAACCAAGCGCCAAGCUCAGUUCCCAGAGCAGCAGCCACAAGGGCUUGCAGGCGCCCAAAAGCAGCCCCCAGAACAACGGCCACCCCACUAAACCCCACAGCAGCCCGCUUCUCACGGCACUGGUCAGCCCCACUAUGGUGCAGCCCGUCCCGGUCCCGGUCCCGGUCCCGGUGGCGCUCCCCGGGCCCUCCUCCAAGUGGCUGCCGGCCAUGGAGGAGAUCCCAGAGAACUACGAGGAGGACGAUUUUGACUCCGUGCUCGGCCACCUUCAGGGCAAACGGAGCGACAGCAGACACGAGUUGGUGGAUGCCAGCGAGUUGGUGGCUGAGAUCAACAAACUCUUACAGGAUGUCCGGCAGAGCUAGACUUCCUGUUUCUAAAACACGUUAUUUAUUAACCACCCGUUGACUGCUUUCUUUACGUCAGAAAAAAAGUCAAAAGAUAAGACCUGCAAUUGUCGUUAAAGUUGCAUUUCUAAUGUAAUAAUUGUGUUUUGUGAAUGCUAAAUAUCCAAAAAAAUGUUUUUGUAAUUGCUGGUUUGGUACACAAUGUACACUAUGUGACUGUAUUUAUCUUUGUAUUUUAAAAAUACAUUUGUAUCCUUAUAUUUAUGAAAAAAAAUGUAUAUAAACUAAACAUAAAAAGUCUAUUUUUAUAUUGUGAAUGCAUGUUGAGUAUGAAAACCUUGAAUCAAGACUUUGACAUGCGAUCGACAUCCUACAUAUUUAACUUGUCUUUUGUAUUGUGGUUCUUUUUUUAUUUGUCACUAUGAUAUGUAUACAGGAAUAUAUUAAUGAAUUAAUGGACACGUGUCUUUGUGCAUUAUUGUGGGGACGGGGAUGGUAAACAAAUAAAAUAACACAAACAUUA